UGCUGCCGCCGCCGCCAUUUUGACGGCGGAAAGAGUGAGGGUCUGGGACAGCUGGAGGCGGCGGCGGUAACUGGUACGGAUGGUUUCCGCCCGCGUUAGCCCCUCCAAGUUCGCUGGUCUUGGGGCCACAGCACUCGGAAUAACUUUACGAAAGGAAAGGUAUUUUGCACCCUCUCUCCCCGCUGGAAAUGGCCACUGUGCUGUGUAAUAGAGCCAGACUAGUUUCCUAUCUCCCAGGAUUUUGCUCUUUAGUUAAAAGGGUUGUCAAUCCCAAAGCCUUUUCAACUGCAGGAUCUUCAGGUUCUGAUGAGUCUCAUGUGGCCACUACACCUCCAGAUAUAUGCUCUCGAACAGUAUGGCCUGAUGAAACUAUGGGCCCAUUUGGACCUCAGGAUCAAAGAUUCCAGCUUCCUGGGAACAUAGGUUUUGAUUGUCACCUCAAUGGGACUGUGUCACAGAAGAAAAGCCAGGUUCAUAAAACUUUACCUGAUGUUCUAGCAGAACCUUUAUCAAGUGAAAGACACGAGUUUGUGAUGGCACAAUAUGUGAAUGAAUUUCAGGGUAAUAAUGCACCUGUUGAACAAGAAAUCAACAGUGCAGAAACUUACUUUGAAAAUGCCAAAGUAGAGUGUGCAAUCCAAACAUGUCCAGAAUUGCUGCGAAGAGAUUUUGAGUCACUGUUUCCGGAAGUAGCCACCAACAAACUAAUGAUUCUGACUAUAACACAGAAAACCAAGAAUGAUAUGACUGUUUGGAGCGAAGAGGUAGAAAAUGAAAGAGAAAUGCUUUUAGAAAAGUUCAUUAAUGGUGCUAAGGAAAUUUGCUACGCUCUUCGAGCUGAAGGCUAUUGGGCUGACUUUAUUGACCCAUCAUCUGGUUUGGCAUUUUUUGGAUCAUAUACAAACAACACUCUUUUUGAAACAGAUGAACGCUAUCGACAUUUAGGAUUCUCUGUGGAUGAUCUUGGCUGCUGUAAAGUGAUUCGUCAUAGUCUCUGGGGUACCCAUGUGUUUGUGGGAAGUAUCUUCACUAAUGCAACACCAGAUAGCCAUAUUAUGAAGAAAUUAGGUGGAAACUAACAGCAGUGUCAGCUUACUGGCAGUACUAUUUGUACAUCACAUUUGGGUUGAUCUAUAAACACUGUCAAAAGCUUAAAUUUUUAAAAUUUACUUAUUUCUGGGUAUUUAUUUCAACAUUUAUGGGUUUACAGCAUUGGCAACUGGUUUGUGAUUUUUAAAUCUCAAAUGUUCAUUCAUAUUAUCAUUGAGUACAUGUUGAUCACAUCCAUGGAUGUGGAUGUGGUAAUUAACAUGUAAUCAGGACAUGAUCUCAUAUUGUUAUUUCUUCCCUUUAUUGGAAAAACCUGUUAUUUUUCUCUAAAAAUAAAUCACAUUUGGUUAUGACAGUCUGUUUUUUCAUUGCAAUAUUUUUAAGUUUUAGUUCUUUUAAAAGAUGUGGUUUUUAAAUAAAUGCAGUUGAGAAUUCUAGAUUCAUUGUAGCUUUAAAUUUUCUUUAUUACCUGUUAAGUGUUAUGGUACAGGUGUAUUACUUUGAAGUAGUGUCUGUACAGGAAAAGAAGAAUAAGGGUAAUACUACAAUAUCAAUCUCAUAAAUACUUAAAUGUAGUUUGUUUUGACAAAAUUUGCCUCAGCAGCUAAAUCAAAUAUAUUUCUCCAUUUUAGCAAGAGAUAGAAACUAUGAUACUUUACAGAAAUGCCUCAUUUGUGGCUUUUUACAGCAUUUUAAACAUAGCAUCAUCAUAGAUUUGUGUGGCUUUUGCCUGUAGGAAUAGAGACAAUCUCAGGAGAACCAAGUAACUUUUACCAAAUCAAUUAGUGAAUUGGAUUUUUUCUGUAUUUUUCAAUUAAGUGACUUUUUAAAAGGAACACAUGGAGAUGAUAAAUUUUAUUUCACACCUUGAUUUAGAACUCUGCUUAGCUAACAUGUAACUAAGUGUUGAUUCAAAGAGAAAUGGCUACAAAGUUUUCAUUCAUUAUGAAAAAUACAAAGCAGUAUACCAUAUAUAGCCUAGCAUUGUGGAAAAUAUUGAGGUAUAUAUGCAAAAAAGUGCACCUAUCAUAAGUGCUCAAUAAAUUUUCAUCUAUGUAAGCAGCACCCAGAUCAAGACAACAUUACUGGCUCUUCCUCCUCUCACCUGCUGCAUAAAUUGGUUUUGUCUGUUUUCAUGCUUUAUUUGUAUGAAACUAUAUAUAUAGUAUGUUCACUUUUAUGUCUGGCUUUCACUCAGCAAUAGGAGAUUUAAUCCUUAUCAUGUAUAAUUAUAAAUCUGUUUGCAUACCUUUUGACUUCUCAGUGGUUCUGAAUUGGAGCAGUUUUGCCUCAUGGGAAAUUUAGCAAUGUCUGGAGAUAUUUUUGUCACAACUUGAGGCAGGCAAAGUGGAAGGGGUGCUACUUUAGACAUCUAGUAGGUAGAAGCCAGGGAUGCUGUUAAACAUCCUACAGUGCAAAGGACAGCUCCCACAAAAAAAUAAUUACUUGGUCCAUGGCCUUGCAGCACUCUGUUUCUAAUGUGCAUGUUACUUAUUCAGGCAUUUCCCAACUUGCACCAUUGUUUGAGCCAUGUUCUCUUGAAGUAUCAACACUGGCUUUAACAAUUAGGAAGUGCCAUCUACUGGUUAAAAAGAUCCUCGGGCUGUGGUUCUGUACUGUGUGCGGGUGCCAAGGCUUCUUUUAUCAUGUUGCUUUGUAACAGUUUCCAAAAACAACAUGAGAAGCAGUAACUGCCAGUUAAAUUUUUUUUUCAGAAAUGUUACUGGUAAGAUUCAGUUUUGGGAAAUAUAAUCCAAGAGAAUCUUACUGAUAAAUAGUAGAAAGUAGUGGACUUUUAUGGACUGCAAUAAGAAAAACAUCAGUUUGAUCAUUUUUCACUUAUUCAAUGGACCCCAUAAAGAAAUCCAUAAAAUUAUCCAUCUUAAAUAUAAAUUUGCUAUUUAAAAUGAAGGUGAGCCUUUGAAAUUUAGACCUAUCACUGAGAAACAGGUUUUGUUGUGAAAUUUGUAUUUUGACAAGAACUGAGGAAUUUUUAUAUAGAUGUUAACCGUGGGAAGGAGUCAUUCCAGUCAUCUGACCCACAUCCCUCAUUUUGUAAUAGACAAAAUGGAAACAUAUAGGAGCAUGCAUCGUGUUACACAACUAGUAUUAAAACCCAGCACUGGAAUUUGGAGUGAU